AUGGAGUUCCACAACGGGAGCUUUGGCCGCAUUUUCAAGCUGUGGCUUGCCGCCACCCUUGCUUUCCUCCUGCUAUUGUUGCUCGUCAGCCAGGGGUGGUCGCCGGUGGACAUGAUGGCAGCGUCUCGUUUAGCCGAGCUUCUGCCCAAGGUUGCCACGGACGACCGGACGGUGAUCAUCACGUCGGUGAACGAGGCGUUCGCGCGGCCGGGUUCCCUCCUCGACCUCUUCCGUGAGAGCUUCUACGCCGGAGAGAAGAUCAACCACCUCCUGGACCACGUCCUCGUCGUGGCCGUCGACGCCGCGGCGUACCACCACUGCCGGCGCGUGCACCCAUUCUGCUACCUUCUCCAAGCGAACACAUCCAUGAACCUGAGCUCCGCCAGUAACUACAUGAGCGACGCCUACGUGGAGCUCGUCUGGGCCAAGCUCGAGCUGCAGCAGCGGGUCCUCCAGCUGGGCUACAACUUCCUCUACACGGACGUGGACAUCGUGUGGCUCCGCGACCCGUUCCGGCACAUCGGGGUGCACGCGGACAUGGCCACGUCCUCCGACCUCUACUUCGGCGACCCCGACGACAUCGACCGCAGCUGGCCCAACACCGGGUUCUACUACGUUAAGGCGACGAACCGGACCGUGGAGAUGCUGCGGCGGUGGCGGGCGGCGAGGUGGCGGUUCCCGCGGGGCCACGAGCAGACCAUCUUCAACCACAUCAAGCACGAGCUCACCGCCGCCGACGGCGACCUGCGGGUGCGGCUCCAGUUCCUCGACACGGCCCGCUUCGGCGGCUUCUGCCAGCUCUUCCGCAACGACAUGGAGAAGGCGUGCACCAUGCACGCCAACUGCUGCGUGAGCCUGGGGAACAAGCUGAGCGACCUCCGGGACGUGCUCGGGCAGUGGAGGAACUACACGGUGAUCAAGCCGGCGGAGAGGAAGAAGGCGCAGGAGGCCGGGAGGAUCUUCGAGUGGCGCGUCCCGGCCAAGUGCGGGACGCCGGACAAGAGGGCGGCGCGGGCACCUGAUUCUGACCGGCGCGCGAUCAGUUGAUCAAUCGACUGCUGAUGCAUCGUGGCGUGAUGCUUUGGACUUUGAUUUGUGGUAGAAAGACUAAAUGCAUUUAGACCAAGGAAAAAAAAUAGCGCUAUAACAAAAUAGCGUGGGUCUAAAAAUACGCUAUUAGCAUGCUAUAGCGUGUUAUUAACGCAAAUAGCGCGCUAUAUCGCCAAAAUAGCGUAGCAUUGGCUCUCCAGAUAUGCUAUAUCGUGCUAUUAGCGUUGAAAUAGCGCGUUAUUUUUUAGACACUGCGAUUUCUAUGAUUUUGACACUGCGAUUUCUAUGAUUUUGACCAGACUUGGACUCUCAAGCCUUCUGGCUCAAGGCUACAGACGGGCCUACAACCGAAAGACGAGUUUUGUUUUCAACUUCCGACUUCGGAAGCAACCGAGAAUUCGGCACUGUACGCAAAU